AUGAUUUAAAUUUUAUUCCUCUAAAAGGGAGUAUUAAAACUUCAAACUAUUAGCUUCGAGGUGGAGGGUGUGGAUAAUCCAAAUAAAAGGGGAAAAAUACAACAGAUAAUGUAUUGCCAGAGAGUGAAAUUCCUCAUGAUUUUUUGACCAAUUUGAAUGACAAUAUUGAAAAAAUAAUUGAUAAGGCUUCAAAAAUAUUAGAUUAAGGAUAAAAGGUUGAGGUUCUAAUGGCAAUUUAAUGGUUUUUUUAUAAUAGGGAACAUUUGAAUACUUGUUGUAUUUCUAAUAAAUUAACAACAUCUAUAUGUAAUUUGGUACAAAACAACUUUGAAAAUUUAUUAAAAAUCCUUCCAGUUUAUUUAAGGGCUAAUUGGUAUCUAUGUUAUCAAGUUUUAUAAAUUUGCAAUGAAUUAGCUCGUAUCCUCUAUUCAUUUUAACUAAAAAGUGAUAAUAGACAUUUGAAAGUGGAAAAACAAUAAGAAUAUUUAAAUGACCUUGAAGAAUUCACAACUUAAUUAGAAAUUGAAAAAGCAAAUGUUUGGAAAUGCGGAAUCGAAUAUGAAUUAAAUCUAAUAAAAAUAAUGUUAAUAAAUACGAACACUAAUUCAUAAGAGGGUCAAGAAUUAUUAAUUGAUAUAGUAAAAAAUAUUGGUUAAUCUAUUGUGUCAUUGUCUGCAACUGAUGAUUUGAUACCAAGUUUAAUGAAUGGAGCAAAAUUUUUACUACUGAAAUGCAAAGAUAAAAUAUUGUAUCCUUUAGAAAUUUAUGCAACUUAUUAUUUAUUUUAAACGAUUAAAUGGUCUAUAAUAAAACAGUUAAAAUCUAAAUAUUCAGUGUAUAAAUAAAUAAAGCAAUUAAAAGAUACAUUUUAAGAACAUAUAUAAUCAUCAGAUAAUUGGAUUUUACAUUCAUGUUGGAUUAUGAUGAUUAUAGAUAUUUUAGCUUAUAGACCAUUUAUUUAGAAAGAACUAAUAAAUGCAACUCCAAAUGAAUCAUAAUAUUAGAGAUGGAAUAAAUUAAUUGAAGCAAGAUUAAUAUAAUGUGUUUCUUAUAAUCCAAAUGAAGCAUAAAUUGUUUUAUUUGCAAAAUAAUAAAGAAAUUUUGAUUAGGAAUUAGUAAAUUUAUUAGGAGCUCAGGGAAAAAUAAAAUUUGAAUUGUUUUAAUAAUGUCUUUUAAAUGGAGAAUUAGCACAUAAAUUUAAUAUUUGGGAUUUCUAUAAGAAUUUUUCAUUUUAAAAAAAUUAAUAAAUACAAUAUAAAGAUUAUGAAAUUCUAUUAGCGAAUAAUGAAUUAAAUACUUUAGAAAAGUCAUUUGAAUAUUUAAAAUAAUCAAAAGAUGAAAUAUUUGUUUAUUAAUUAUAAAUUUAAGAAUUAUUAACUGAUGAGUUUUUAUAAUUAUAACAAACAGAACUUUCAAAGAAAUUAUAUUAAGAUGAAUUGCUAGUACUGAAAAAAAAGUUUAUGAAUUCAUAUAAAAAAGCAAUUUAUUACAUUAGAAUCAUUCAGGAAUUCUUUUUUUAUGAAUAAUAUAAAUUAAACUUGCUGGAUCCUUACUUCAAUAUUAUAAAAGAUGAACCAAAAUAAUAAUUAGUAUAGAUCUCUCACGAAAUUAAAAACACAUUCAAAUCAUCUCUUGAAAAUUUUUAAGAGUCUUUUUUUAAAGAAUACUUUAAUGCUAUUGAAUAUGCUAGUUAAAUUUCUAUGACAAGUCUAAAUUUAUAAUAAUAAGAAAAAGAAAAUCUAAAAAUGAUUUGUUAAAAAUUUAAUAUCUAAACUUUACAGGAUUUAUUUAAAAAUUUUGAAACAUAAUUUGAUUAAUUUAUAAAAAAUAUAAGAAACUUAACAAUUAAAUUCAUCAAAUCAAUUCCUGAGAAAAAUUAAAAUAACAAUAUGAUUUAAUUUAAAACAUAUGAUAUGUUAGAUUUUUUAAAGUAGACUUGUUGUAUAGAUUGGCUUUAAAAAUUUAUUGAUCAAAAUAAGGAGACAUUUUUAUCAAUACCAAAGGAUGAGAAAAUUGAAACAAUAUCAGAUGUAUUAUAAAAGUUGAUAAAUUUCAAAAGAGAAAGUAUGAUUGCAAAGAAUUUAAAAUAAAUAUUACAAGCCUAAUAAUAUAGAUAUUUGAUCUUUAAAGAGAAAUUUAAAUUAAAAGAGACAGCAUAAGAAUAAUAAAAUGAAUAAUUGGAUUAAUAUUUCAAACAAAAUUUGAUAAAUUUGAUGAAAUAAGAAAAAGAAAAAAUUGAGGAAUUAAUUAAGGAAUCAUAGUAAAAUUUUGAAAUUAAAAUUAAAGAGAUGCUUAAAAUGUUUAAAAAUGAUUAUAUGAAAAUAUAGAAUGACAAUUAAAAACUUAAUAAUGAAAUAUCUUAGGCUGCUUUAAAUUUAAUAUCAGAAGGAUAAUUUAUUUUUUUAACAAUUUAGAAUUAAAAUUAGAAAAAAGAUAAACUAGUUGAAUUAGAUAAUAAAUAUAAAUAAUUUUUUGAAACUAAUAAUUAAAGUAAUAAGGAGCAUUCAAAUAAAACAUUAUUCUAACAGACACUUUCCAACGAACCAAACAAUAUAUUUUUAUGUUGGUUUGAUUUUUGUUAAAAAAAGAUUAAUUCAAAUUUAGAAAAUAUUUAAGAUCUUUAUUUUAGUCUUAAAUCUUAUAAAUAAAUGAUAUAACUUGGUUUAUUUAUGAUAUUAAAUUUACAAGAAAAAAAUAUAGAUUAUAAUGGGGAAAUAUCAAAUUUAAAAGAGAGAAGCAAUUAAAUGAUUUUUAAUUUUAAUAAAAAAGAGGAAAAUUAUGAGAGUGAUUAAAAUUUUAUAGAUGAAAGUGAUAAAGAGAUUUAAUUUAAUUUGGAUAAUGUUGUUGGACUUUCAGAUAUUUAAUCAACGAAUGAGAAUUGUAAUACUUAAAUAGUAGAUUAGAUUUAUUUAACUAUUUUAUAGGAUCUAGAAUAAUAUUAAAUAGAGAUAAAAACAUCUAUAUUAUAAAUUUUUGAUUUAAAAACUCCAUAUAAAGUAAAAGAGUUUUUAGUAUUUAAUUUAAUCCGACUUUAAUAAAGUGUUUAAGAAGAUUGUUUUACUUAAUUUUCAUCCAAAUUUCUUUAAUAUUUAUGGAUAUUUGAAAAAGAUUAACGAGUGAGAAGUUUAUUAAAGAAUAAGGAAUUAAUAGAAAUGUAAAAAUAAUUAUUUUCUUCUAAUUUACAAUCUUCAUGUGAUUAAAUUAAAUAAGAGAUGAAGUAAAGAAUAAAUAAUCUUGAAAGUUUGUAAUAGGAAAUUAGAUUAGAAGGAAAUUUAACAUUAAGAGAAUAGCUUUAAAAAAAAUUAGAAAUGGAAUAUGAGGAACUUGAUUAAUACAUAGAUAAUUUAUCAGAAAUGUCUUAAAAAAUGGAGAUGAGUUUGUUGUUUCUUAAAGAUAUAUAAAAAGAUGUUAAAUAAAUAAAGAAUUAGAUCGAGAAUAUAUAAAAUAGUUUAAAUUAAGUUGGGGAUGAUAUUAGAAAGUUGAGAGGUAAGAAAUAUGAUGAAUUAUUGGAAAUAAGAAAAUAAAAGAUUCUAUAAUAAUCCAAAUUAUUGGAGAUAGAUUCUAUUUAUGUUUCAGUAAAAACAAUAGAAUAUGAUCCAAUAAGUGGUAAUAUAAAAAAAACAUAAGAAGAUUAAAUUAUAUCAGAAUUAUUAAAUGAUGAUAAAGAUAAUUUUAAAGGAGAAGUAAAUGAAUUCAUUUGGAAUUAAAAUGAAAAUAAAGAUGUGAUGUUACUAUCAGGUAAUGCUGGAUCUGGUAAAAGUAGAGCAGCAAGAAAAAUUGAAGAAUUUAUUUGGAAUUUACAUGGAAAAUAAUCAAAAUGGAUACCAAUUUAUGUAUCUCUUCCAAAUUUAAAAAACCCAAAAUAUAAUUUAUUUGAAUAAGCUUUAGAAACUGAGAAUUAUGGAUUCGAUAAACAUUAAAUAGUAGAGUUUAAAGAAGCAAUUUAAAAUAAAUAAGAAUAUAUUUUAAUGAUAUUAGAUAGUUAUGAUGAGAUGAAAUAGGAUUGUAUUUAAUAAAAUCUAAUAUUGACUAAUAAACUUAUUUAAGAUUUAAAUAUUGUUAAAUAAGAAAGAUAAUUGAAAGUGAUCAUAACUACAAGAAAAGAGAUACUUAAUAUUGUUGGAUAUUAAACAUGGUUCUAUGGAGAAAGUCUAGAAAGCUUCAAAGAAGUUUAAUUAUAAAAUUUUGAUUAAGAUUAAAUACAAGAAUAUUUAAGAAAAUAUGUUGAAUUAAGUGUAAGGAGAAAAAUAAAAUAAAUUUAUGAGUUUGUAAAGUAAGUUUAAAAUAAUGCUUUUGAUCUGAAAGAAUUUUAAGAAAUUUGGGGUUUAAUUGAGAAAUAAGUUAAAAUUGCAUCAGAAGAUAACAAUACAGAUGAAUAGAUCUUUAGAAAUUAAGAUUUAGAUAGCUUAUUAUAGAAAGUUACAUCUCAUAAAACUUUAAAAUGUUUAAAAGAAGAACAUAUUAUUACUUUAAGAAAAGAUUUAGAACCAUUAUGGAGUGUAAAUAAAUUUGAAAAAGCAAUAAAAAAUGUAGGUAUUUUAGAUCUUUUAACUACACCAUUCAUGUUAGAAAUAAUUGUAUAGGUUCUACCAAAUAUGGCAAAAGAGUAAAAAGGAUCAAUAGAAAUUAAAAAUUUAUUUAUUUCAAAUUAUUUAAAAAUAAUUAAGAAAUAAAAAUUAAGAAUGAUAAUUAAAAAAAGAAAUUAGAAGAAACUGAAAAAGAAAUACAGAAAUUGAAUGAAAUUGUUGAUUAAUUAGAUAAGAAAAACUUUUUUUCAUCUUAUUCAAUAACAAGUGUUUUAAUUACUUAGAAUAAUUCAAUUUUUGUAGAUAAAACUGAAUUUAAUUUUGAUUUUGAUAUGGAUGAAAUUGAUUAUGUAAUUUAAGCAUUAAAAAUGAAAAAAUUAACUAUUUUUGAUUUUUAUGAAAGUUUCAUUAAAUUUUAUCAUUAUUAAUAAAUGUAAAAGUAAAGGGAAAAAGGUUAUAUACCAAACUAUGAAAGUUUUGAGUAAGAUAUUUUCUAAUUUUCAUAAUCUUUAGCAUUAGAUAUGAGUAUAAGAGAUUUAUCUUAAGUAAAUUAUAAAUAAAAAGGAAAAUUAAAUUUAGAGAGUAAAUAUAAUAGUUUUAAAAACUUUGAUGAUUGGCCUAAUUAAUAUUUUAGUGAUACCUUAGAUGAUUAGGACUAUAAAAAAUUAAUUAGAAGUUGUAUUCUUGUAAGUGCGAAAGGGAGUACUUAUUCAUUUAAUCAUAAAUCAAUAUAAGAAUUUUAUGUUGCAAAGUAUAUAUUGGAAUUACUACUUUUUUUGGAUUGGGGAAUUUCUCUUGAAUUCUUGAAAAAAAUUGAAGAAGAGAAAUAAAUAUUAUUGAAAUCUUUAUAUAAUCAAAUAAAAUUUAAUAUCUCAAAAGAAAAUUAUAUAGGAAUAAUAAAUUUUGUUAAAGAUAAAUUGUAGAAUAUGGAAAACACAAAUAAUAUAUUAAUUAAUAUAGUGAAACUCUCUACAAAUGAGAAAUAUAUAUACGCUGCAUCAAAUAGUAUUUAUUUAUUGAAUUAAUUAAAUGCUUAUUUUGAAUCAUAGGAUUUUAGUAAAAUUUAAUUAUUUGACACUAGUAUUUCAGGAUUAAGUUUUUUUAAUAGUAAUUUAAGCAAAUCUAAAUUUGAUAAAGUUAAAAUUGAUUCAUGUAAUUUUAAUUGUGCUAAUCUUACUGAGGUAAUUUGGUAAGACAUAAUUUGUAAAGAAAAACCUUAUUUAAAAGGACAUGAAUCAGAAGUUUAAAUUGCAAUAUUUUCACCAAAAGGUAAUUUGAUUGCUUCUGGUGGUAAGAAUAAAGAAUUAAAUCUAUGGGAUGUAGAUAAUCCUGAAUAAAUGGUAAAAUUAAUAGGUCAUACAGAUACAAUUAAUUCUGUUUAAUUUACAUCUGAUAAUAGACUAAUUUCUUCCAGCAAUGAUGGUACAAUUAAGUUAUGGGAUAUAUCUAAUCCAUAAAAUCCAUAAUUAUAAGUAACAAUUGAAGAUCUCAAAGUUGAACAAAUUGCACUCUCUUACAAUAAUAACAUGUUGGUAUCUAAAAGUCAAGAUGGCUUUAAGAUAUGGAACAUGCCGAAUCUUAAUUUAAAUAAUGAUAAUAUUACAAUUAAAGGAUUAAAGGAUGAUCCAAAAAUAUUCGCAUUAUCUUAAGAUGAAUCAAAAAUAGCUAUUGGUAAAAAAGAUUUAACUAUUUUAAUUAUUAAUAUAAAGACAAAAUAAGAAUAAAAACUAAUUGGUCAUAAAGGAAACAUAAGUAAAUUAGCAUUCAAUUAUCAAGGAAAUAAUUUAGCUUCUGCAUGUACAUAUUGUAAUUUAUAUAUAUGGGAUUUGUGUUCCUUUAAGUUACUUCAAGUGCUUUUAUUUAAUUAAUUUCAAAUUAACCAUCUAGCUUUUAUUGAAAAGGAUAAAUCGAUAAUUGUCAAUAGCAAAACUAACUUAGCUUCAAUCCAGUUAGAAAAAGUCGAAAAAUCUGAAGAAAUUAUAAUUGAUUAAUGUUAAAUUGCUUAUCUAUCAUAGUUUAAUGACAUUUGUCUAUUAGGAUAUUUUAACUACGUUGCAAUUCUUGAUCUUAAUACAUUACAAAUAAUAAAUAUUAUAGAUUGUGAAUUUACAGUUGAAUCUAUAUAAAUAUCAAGUGAUUCUUCAAAAUUUUCUACAGAAGGUAAUAGAAAAUUAAUAAUUUGGAGUUUAUAAACAUUAUAAUAAUUGAUUAGUUUAAAAGAUUAUAACAACUAUUUUACUAAUGAUUAUUGUGUAUUAUCUAAAAAUUUUGAGUGUGGUGUUUAUCAUAAUUCUGAAAAAGCAUUUAUUUUUAAUUUAUAAAGAAUUCUUUAAGCAAGAGAUUUAAAAUCAAAACAGUUAGUAGCACACAAAUAUCUUUCAUAAAAUAAUUGUUUUACAAUAAAUUUCAAUAAUGAAAUUUUAGCUUAUCAAAUCUAAUAUAAUUAGGUAAUUCUUUUUGAUAUUAUUAAUGAUCAAUAAUUAGAAAUUUUGUAAUUAGAAAACUUCGACUCAUUUGAAGGAUUUGUUUUUUCUCCUUCAGUUAAUAUUUUAGCAUCAGUACAUGGGAGUAAAAAAAUUAAUUUAUGGAAUUUAGAUAAUUAACCAUAUUUAAGUUAAGAAUUAGUUGCUUCUUUUUCAUAAUCUAGUUUGAUGGAUUUUAAGUAUUCUUAUGAUGGAUCAUUAUUAAUUAUCUUAGAUUCAAAUUCAUCUAUAUAUAUUUGGAAUUCAUUUAAUGGUGAUCUAGUAUAUACAAUAAAUGAAAAAAAAUAUAAUAUAUGGUAAGAGAUAACUAUAUCAAUAGACAAUUAAUAGAUUGCUUUUAUAGAUAGAGAAUAAAACAAAAAAAUAAUAGUCUGGAAUUUGUAGUUAAUGUAGGAAGUAAUUCUUUUAAAAGAAGAUACUCAAGCUGUAGAUAUAGUCAAGUACUUUCCUAAUAAAAUGAGAUUAAUUUCUUAUAGUAAUGAUGUACAAGUAAUUUUAUUUUGGAAUACAAUUGAAAGAACUGUAGAAUAUAAAAUUAAUUGCCAAAUUUCAUAAGUUUGUUUUUCAAAAAAUGGAAAUUUAAUGGCUUCUGCUUAGAAGGAAAUAAUUCAGUUAUGGGAUUGUUCAAAAGUAGAAAUUAAAAAGUUAGGAUGUUAAAAAGUAGAUUCUUAAAUUUUUAGAUUGAAUUUCAUUGGUAAAGAUAAUAAUUUAAUUUAUUAAUAAAAAUCAAGUAUUUUAUUUCUUCCUUAAUAAUUAUUAAAUUUAGAAAUGAUAAUUGAAAUAAAUUCAAAAUAUUAAGAUUAAUAAUUGAUUUCAUUUUCUCAAAAUGAUUAACUGUUAGCAAUUGUUCAAUUCUGUCAAAUCUAAAUAUAUUUUGUUUAAGAAUGGAAAUUAUAUAAAACUUUACCUUAAGAUUCUUAAAUUCAUUCGAUAACAUUUUUUUCAGAUGGGAAUCAAUUAAUUUCUUCAAAUAAACAUGGAGUUUUAACCAUUUGGGAUGUUCAUUCUAGCGAACAAAUGCACACUUUAAUGACUUAUACAUAUUAAAGCAAAUUAUAUCUAAUGAAUAAUGAUUAAAUAUUAUUAUAAGUUGGAGAAUAAAUUAAAAUUUGGAAUUUAGAAAAUAAAUAAGAUAUUAAAUUAUGUGGAUUAUAUUCAAAAUAAUUUAAAUUAUUUGAAAAUUAUUAAGAAGAACAAUAUUUUAAAUAAUGUGUCCAAAUUAAAUUUGAGGUUUCUCUAAAAAAAGAUUAUUUUUGCUUUAACUUUGAUACAUUUAAGUUUAUAAUUAAAUAAAUCAAAGAAUAAAAAGAUAUAAAAUUUUAUUAACAUUAAUGUGAUAUUAAAAAAUUAGAAAUAUUUGAAUAAAAAUAAUAGUGUUUUAUUUGGGAUUAGAAUAAUGAUCUAAUAAUAUUAACUUUUUAAAAUGAAAAUAUAUUUUAGAGUUAAAUAAAGAUCACCACCACCAACGAUAAUUUAAAUAUUAGAAAUUUAAAUGAUUUAGCCAUUUCUCAUGAUUAGAAACUCUUAGCAGUUAAAAACUACGAUUCUAUUGAAAUAAUAAAAAUUGUAAAUUAGGAGAGUAAAAUAAUUUGUCCUUUACAAAAAUAAUAUUUAUAAUAUCAUAAAAAUCUAUUUUUUAAUAAAAAUGGAGACAUGUUAGUUGAAGUGAUAAGUUCAGAAGAUUUUAAUAAGUACAAUAGUUAUUAAUCACAAAUAAUCAUUUAUAAAAUUAAUAAAAAUUUUGAAUAAAAAAUAGAUUUAUUUAGAAAAUUUUCUGAUAUAAUUAAAUUUGCAAAAAUUAAUAACAAUUUUUUAUCAGUAUUAUUUGAUUCAGGUGAUAUUUUGAUAAUAAAUUUGAUUGAAAGACAAUAAAAAACUUAUAUAAAUUUUGAUAACAUUGGUUAAAUUGCAAUAUCUCGAGAUGAUAAAUAUAUAUUUUUUACAAGUGGUAAAAGUUUGUAUUAAUUUGAUAUAAGUGAAUUGUAAUUCUGCGAGAAUAAACAAUUAGAAGAAAUAGAAAAAAUAAAUUGUAUGACUUUAAUAAAUAACAAUUAAAUUUGUGUUGCUGAUGAUGAUUCUAUUUAAUUAGUUAAUUUAAAUUAAUAAUAAAAAAAAUAAAUAAUAAUUGGAAAGACUAAAAAAAGUAAUAAUUUAGUUUAUCAUCCUAAAUUUAAUUUAUUAAUUUCAUGUGGAGAAGACAAAAUGAUAUAUUCAUGGAAUAUCGAAGCAAAGCGAAUCAUUGGAAUAUUUGAAGGACACUAAGGAAAGAUAAAUUCACUUAGUUUUUCUUCAGAUGGUUUAACAUUUGCUUCUUCUAGUGAAGAUAAAUUAAUAAAAUUAUGGAAUAUUGAAAAUAAUGAUUAAUUAGAUUUAAAACAAGGACAUAUAAAAAGUGUAAAAUAAUUAGCAAUAUCAAAAGAUAGCUUAAUUUUAGCUUCUGGAGGUGGAUUUAAGGAUUAUAAUAUAAUACUAUGGGAUUUAAUAGAUAUGAAAUAUCUGAUAAGUUUAGAAGGACAUGAAAGUAAUAUUAAUUGUUUGGAUUUUUCGUAUUGUUCAAAAUGGCUUGCAUCUGGAAAUGAAGAUGGUACAAUUAUAUUUUGGGAUGUAAAAAAUCCAAUCUAUGCAAAAAAGUUAUAUGUUAUUCAAGAAACAUCUUUAUCAAUUAACUGGAUUUAAUUUUCACCAAAUGGUAAAACACUUGCAACUAAGUCUAAAAAAAAGCAAUCAUACGAAUCAUACCAUCAAAUUUAAUUUUGGAACUUAAAUAAUAUUGGAAAAUAAAAUAUUUAAAUUGAUACAAAUGAAAAAUAAUUAUCUUGUUUUACUCAAAAUGAUUAAUUCAUUAUUUAAGGGUUUGAAAAAGAUAUUUAAUUCUAUGAAUUAUCAAGUGAUUAGUAUUAUUUAUUGAAUGGCCAUUAAACUAAUAUAAUAUUAAUUGAUUGUUCAAAUGAUAACACUUAAAUUGUUUCUAUCGACAAAUAUUUAAAUAUGUUUAUAUGGAAAUUUAAUAAUAAUGAUUGGGAUAAAUAAUCAAUAUCACUUUUUGAACCUGUUGAUAAAAAAGUCGUAUUUUCUCCAGAAAAUAAUAUAAUUGCAUCAUUCAAUUAUAACUCAAUAACUUUAACAUAAUUAGAGGAACUUAAUUAAUAUGAAUAACUUUAAUAACAUGAUUUUGAUGUUUAAAUUCUAAAUAUAGGGGAAAUUACUACAUUUACUUAAUCUUAUGACGGCUCUAGAUUAUUUAUAUAAAGCAGGGAAGAAUAUAGAUAAUAAGAAAAAUCGCAAUUAAUGAUAUAUGAACAUGAAAAGAAAAAUUAUUUUUUCAUAAAAGAUUGGAAAUUUGCUAAUUAAAUAAUAUUAUCAAAUGAUGGAAAAUAUUUAGCAGUAUGUUUAUAAUUAAGACAAAAAAUCGAAAUUAAUAUAUAUAUCAUAUCAGAUUAACAGAAUUUUAAGUAAUUCUCUUUCUAUAUUCCUGAUUCAAUUUCUUUAUAAUUCAAAUAAAAUGAUUCAAACAUAUUAUACUUUACAUAUAUAAUAGAUAAUUAACUAAUCAUUAAGAUUCUAAAUAUUACAUAAAAUUCUAGUAAAGAAAAUUUGUUCUAACAUGAUUCUGCAAACUGGAAAAAGUCCUUUAUAUCAAAUAAUGUUAAUUAAAUUGUAGCAAUUACAAAGGAUUCAAAUUUGCUAUUCAUUAACAGACAGAAUAAUAAAUAAAAUAAUUCAGACAUUUCACUACUUAUAGAUUUUCAAAUUGAAUGUCACGCAUUUUCAGAGGAUGAUAAAUAUUUUAUGGUUUCUACUAAAAAUAAUUCGAUAUAUUUAUGGAAUAUUGAUGAUUAAAAAAUUUGUGAUCAAUUAGAAUGUUUCACUGGUGAUAAAUAAAUCUAAUAUUUAGCAUUUUCUUUAGAAAAUCAAAUAAUUUGUUAUAAACAUCCUUAUAUAUUAUUAAUUAAAAUACAAUAGGAUUAAAAAUUAAAAAUAGUUAGGUAGUUUAAAGUUUUUGAAACGAUACGAUUAUGUUCUUUUUGUCCUUAAAACUUAUAAAUUAGUUUAAUAAAUGAUGAUUCUACUACAUUAUGGGUAGCUAAUUUGAUUGAAAGACAAUAAAUAAUUUUAUUUGAAUCUAAAAUGAAUGAUUUUUGUUUCUCUAAUGAUUCUAAAUACAUUGCAGCUAUCACUGAUUAAUAUCUAAUUUUUUGGGAUGCCAAUAAUUAUAAAGAAUUAAAAAGGGAUCCAGAAUGGUCGGGAAUUGUUGUCUAGUUUUUUAGAGACAAUUAUUUAAUUUAUUCUAAAGAUGCUUAUUUCUAUAUAUUAGAUGUAUCAAAUCUUAAUGAAAUUAAUCAAGUUUAAUGUAUUAAAGUGUUUGUUGCUGAUUUUACAGUUUAAAUAUCAAUCUCUAAGGAUUUGACUUAUUUAGCUUCAUUAGGUACAUAAUAUAUCAAAUUAUGGAACAUAAAAAAUAUUUAAUAAAUUAAACUUGAAAAAAUUUAUCCAAAUAAAUUUUAUCAUGAACAAAAAGUUUUAAUCUCUUAAGAUUGCAGGUUCUUGAUAUUUAAUCUUAAUAAGAAUUUAUAAUUAAUUGAUAUUUAGGAGGAUUGUAAAUAAUAAUAAGCCAUUGAUUUUCUUGAAAAAAUAGAGGAUGAAUUUUAAUAUUCUUCUGAUGGUAAGUAUUUUGCUAUUAUUAUAAAAGGAAAGCCAAAGUUAUAUAAUUCAGAAACUUGUUAAUAACUAGAAUGUACAAUUGAUGAAGAAUCAGUGUAAAAAUUAGCAUUUUCUUUAUAAAGAUCUGUUUUAGCUUUGAGUUGUGAAUAAAAAGUAGUUUGUUUGUAAAUUGGGCAUGAAAAUAUUUUAAAGACAAAAAUAUUGUAAAAUUUUAAGAAUACUCUAUCUGCAAUAGCCAUAUCACCCUUAGGAGAUAAAUUGAUAAGUAGGGAGUAAGAUUCAACAAUAAGUUUAUGGGAUAUAGAAAAUGAAUAGCGGUUAAGCUUUAUUUCUAAUUAGAAUGAUUUACCAAAUGUAUUUGCAUAUAUCCCUAAUGGAAAUGGAUUUGCAAGUGGUAUGGAGGAUGGUUCCGUUAAUUUAUAUCGAUUUAUUUUAAAAAAUAAAAAUUAAUCACAAUAAGAAGAUGAAAAAUCUGUUUUCUCUUGUUGUAAAUCCUUUUCAAGAAAUUCUUUAAUAUUGGCUCAUAAUUGCAUAUUAAAAGACUCAAAAAUUGAAUAAUCAAAAAAACAAAUAUUAGGGUUAUUUAGAUAAAAAGGAGGAAUUAAUUGA